AUGUUCUCUGUAGCUCUGCUGCUGCUGGCUGCUGGAUCCUGUGUGAAGUGUGAACAGCUGACACAGCCAGCCUCUGUGACUGUGCAGCCAGGUCAACGUCUGACCAUCAGCUGUCAGGUCUCUUAUUCUCUGAGCAGCUAUUGGACACACUGGAUCAGACAGCCUGCAGGGAAAGGACUGGAGUGGAUUGGGGGGAAAUAUACUGGAGAGUCAGCGUACAAAGAUUCACUGAAGAGCAAGUUCAGUAUUGACUUAGACACUUCCAGUAAAACAGUGACUCUAAAUGGACAGAAUAUGCAGCCUGAAGACUCUGCUGUGUAUUACUGUGUCAGAUACCACAGUGAUACAAACCAGCAGCACAGCUGUACAAAAACCCCUCAGGGCCUUAACAGGAUAUAUCAAGCCACAGGAGCUAGAAACUCCUAUCAGAUCACCUUCAUCACCAACAUGUUCUCAGUAGCCCUGCUGAUGCUGCUGGAUCCUGAGAGUUCAAGACCUGCAGUAAAUCAGAGACAAAGACACGUCCAGACUGAGCAGAGACAAAUGGCUUCUACAAUGAUCAGACCUCAUCAGGUUGUGAUCGCUUUCCUCAUCCUGGCAGUUAACUGGACCGGUACUGAUGGUCAAACACUGACUGAGUCUGAAUCAGUGGUUAAAAGGCCUGGAGAAUCCCACAGACUGACCUGCACAUAUUCUGGGUUUAGUAGCAUUCCUAGCAUGAACUGGAUCAGACAGCCAGCUGGAAAAAGACUGGAGUGGAUUGCUUAUAUCAACAGUGGCAGUGGCACCGUCUACUCUGACUCAAUGAAAAACCGGUUCACCAUCACCAGAGAGAACAGCAGAAAUCAGGUGUAUCUGCAGAUGAACAGCCUGACAGCUGAGGAUUCUGCUGUUUAUUAUUGUGCUCGACAGCCACAGUGA